AUGGAUCCCAUCCUACCGCCAUUUAGGGGCCCUUCUCCUGUCUACCCAUCUCAAUGUGUUCGGAUGCCAGGCUGUUGGCCACAAGCUCCUAAACCUUUGGACUCAGCCCUGGGCAGUGCAGGACCUGCAGGCAGAGGCUAUGUAUUUGGAAAGCCAGAGGAACCAAGCACACAGAAUGGGCCAACGCGAAGAGAAUCUGUGGGUUUGGUCUCCAUGUUUCGAGGUCUGGCUCAGACAGUGUCCCAAACCCCUCUAACACGAGAAGUACCUCCUUUAGGUAGAGGCAUUUUAGGUCGAGGGGACAGCAAGGUGGCAGAGGCCUCUAUUGGUUGGAAGAGAAUGCUUGGAAGAGGAAGUUCAGAAGCUUCUUUAUUACCAUUAGGAAGAGCAGCUGGGGGUAUAGGCAGAGGAGUGGACAAGCCUCAGUGCAUCAGCCUCACUUUCCGGAAUCACCCGCGGCUGUCAUCACCACCUCUCCAGUCCUCUCUCCAGUCUCCAGAUCAUCCUCUGGUCCUGACUGCAGAGCACAAGAAAAAAGAGCUUUUGGUGAAGCAGGGAUCAAAAGGAACACCUCAAUCUUUGGAACUGAACCUCAUCAAAAUACAGUGUCAUAAUGAAGCAGUUUAUCAAUAUCAUGUGACUUUCAGCCCCAAUGUGGAGUGCAAAAGCAUGAGGUUUGGCAUGUUGAAGGACCAUCAAGCUGUCACCGGAAAUGUCACUGCUUUUGAUGGAUCUAUUCUCUAACUGCCUAUCAAGCUUCAACAAGUGCUUGAUUUAAAAAGUCAAAGGAAAACUGAUGGUGCCGCGAUCUGCAUUAAGAUUCAGUUGACAAAGAUCCUGGAGCCCUGUUCUGACUUGUGCAUUCCCUUCUACAAUGUUGUUUUCCAUUGGGUAAUGAAACUUUUAGAUAUGAAGCUUGUGGGGAGAAACUUCUAUGACCCUACAAGUGCUAUGAUACUACAGCAACACAGAUUGCAGAUGUGGCCAGGCUAUGCAGCUAGCAUCCAGAGGACAGAUGGAGGGCUCUUCCUACUAGCUGAUGCCCAUAAAGCCAUUCGGAAUGAUUCUGUGCUGGAUGUCAUGCAUGUCAUGUAUCAGCAAAACAAAGAAAACUUCCAGGAUGAGUGUACUAAGCUUCUGGUUGGCAAUAUUGUUAUCACCCGAUACAACAAUCGUACGUAUCGUAUUGAUGAUGUGGAUUGGAAUAAGACUGCAAAAGAUAGCUUCACAAUGUCUGAUGGGAAGGAGAUCACAUUCUUGGAAUACUACAGCAAAAACUAUGGGAUCACAGUUAAGGAAGAGGACCAGCCACUGCUGAUCCACAGGCCCAGUGAGAGGCAGAAUAACCGUGGGACGCUGCUAAAAGGUGAAAUCCUGCUGCUGCCUGAGCUUUCCUUCAUGACCGGAAUCCCGGAGAAGAUGAAGAAGGACUUCAGAGCCAUGAAGGGAAAGAUAGAGAUGGUUGUUUGCAUCGUCACAGGCACACGAGAUGAUCUCUAUGGGGCCAUCAAGAAGCUGUGCUGUGUGCAGUCCCCAGUGCCCUCCCAGGUCAUCAAUGUUCGAACCAUUGGUCAGCCCACCAGGCUUCGGAGUGUGGCCCAGAAAAUUCUACUUCAGAUUAACCGUAAAUUGGGUGGUGAGCUCUGGGGAGUGGAUAUCCCUCUGAAACAAUUAAUGGUGAUCGGGAUGGAUGUUUACCAUGACCCCAGCAGAGGCAUGCGCUCUGUGGUUGGCUUUGUUGCAAGCAUCAAUCUCACCUCCACAAAAUGGUAUUCACGAGUGAUAUUCCAGAUGCCUCACCAGGAGAUUGUGGAUAGCCUGAAGCUGUGCUUGGUGGGCUCCUUAAAAAAGUUUUAUGAGGUGAACCACUGUCUACCAGAGAAGAUCGUGGUGUACCGUGAUGGAGUGUCUGAUGGCCAACUAAAGACAGUUGCCAACUAUGAGAUUCCUCAACUACAGAAAUGUUUUGAAACUUUUGAGAAUUAUCAGCCCAAGAUGGCGGUAUUUGUAGUUCAGAAGAAAGUCAGCACCAGUCUGUACCUGGCUGCCACUGAGCACUUUGUGACUCCUUCCCCUGGGACAGUGGUAGAUCAUACAAUAACAAGUUGUGAGUGGAGGUUGACUUUCAAACUGUGCCACAUGUACUGGAACUGGCCUGGUACCAUUAGAGUUCCAGCUCCUUGCAAGUAUGCCCACAAGCUAGCUUUCCUGUCAGAACAAAUCUUGCAUCACGAGCCAGCCAUCCAGCUGUGCGAGAACUUGUUCUUCCUGUGA